UUAUUAAUCGGUUAUAUUUUUUUAACUGUAUGCAUUAUUCCGUCAACAAUUAUACUAUAUUUUCGCGUUAAAUAUUACGUUCUGAAAGUAUUACCUAUAUCAUGGUUUAGACUGAAAAUUUCAGUUCAACGGUGCAAACACUGCAAACACGCGACGUUGAUAAAAUACGAUGUGGACUGAAAAUUCUUAAUGCUACUUCUGACAAACUCGACCAUAGAAUAGAUUAAAUUUUAAAUUUAUUUUUUAAUCUGUUUUGUGAUACAUGUUGCCUGAAUUUUAUCAAACAAACCGUUAUUCUGAUUAUGCACAUCGCGUAUGUGUGAUAAUAGACAAUUAAUAAUAAAAUCGUGCGGAAGUGCAGUGCCGACGGACGAUAUUUGGUCAGACUAACAUAGUAGAAUCUAAAGUCUUGUAUUUUUUACUCAUCUAGUCCAACGAAAUGCUUCACCCGUGUUUCCUGAGGGCGGCGUGUCAAGAAUACAUAGAUUUUUCAUUAGAUCCAACUGAAUGUCCAAAUAUGUGUGGCAGAUCGUAUAAAGGCAAAUUUCGAAAAUCUAGUCUCAGAAGACAUCUUAUUUAUGAAUGUGGAGUUGAUCCUCAAUUUAAGUGUCCUGUUUGUCAAAAAAUAUUUACUGAUAAAAGCAGUAUGAAGAGGCAUGCAGUGACCAUUCAUUUUAAUAAUAAGAAUUAAUAUUAAAUCUAUAAUUUAAGAUAAACUGAAGUUUUCAACAAGUAUAUAA